AUGCAAGCCAAUCUUGCUUCAGGUGUUGCUCCUACCGCACACUAUGUUAUCCAGGGAAAGGAAUAUCAAAUGGGUUAUUAUUUAGCUGAUGGGAUAUAUCCCAAAUGGUCUACUCUUGUGCAAAGUAUACAUGAUCCACGUGGUCCUAAAAAGAAAUAUUUUGCCAUGAAGCAAGAAUCAUGUAGAAAAGAUGUGGAGCGUGCAUUUGGAGUUCUUCAGUCACGUUUUGCAAUUAUAGGCGGACCAUCUCGUUUUUGGAACAAACAUGUGCUACAUGAUAUAAUGACCGCGUGUAUUAUUAUGCAUAACAUGAUAAUCGAAGAUGAGCGUGAUGUUAGUGGAACAUUUUGUGAUUCAACUCAAGCAUCGAUUCCAAGUGUUGAGAUGGUGGAAGAUGAGAAUGUAAGAUUUCAAGAUUUUCUUAGGCGACACAAGCAAAUCAAGGAUAAAGAGGCUCACAUUGCACUUCGUAAUGCACUUAUUGAUCAUUUAUGGGAAGAAUAUACUAGUUUAGAAAAUUAG